CCGAAGACUCGUUCAUAAUGAAGUCUCCUUUUAGUGAUGUCGAUAUUCCAUUGGUUUCAUUGAGCAAAUAUAUAUUUGACGCUCAAGAAUCCUUUGCUGGGAAAACUGCGAUGGUGAGUACAGGAACAAACGACUGACUACUUAGUGUGGGGCUGCAUACAGCAAUUCCUCCACCCAAUGGUGGCUACAGCAGGAGUUCCUUCACCCAGUAUGAGGCUACAGCAGGAGUUUUUCUACCCUGUGCGGAGCUACAACAGGAGUUCCUUCACCCGGUGUUGAUCAACUGCAGGAGUUCCUCCAUCCAGUGUGGGGCUACAGCGGGAGUUUCUCCAUCAAGUGUUGAUGGUAUGACGGGUAAUAGCUACACGUUUGCAGAGUUUCGAGACUUGAGCAUGCGCUUGGGCAGUGCCCUCACGCGGCUUGAUAUAGGCCACGGGGAUGUGGUAGCCAUCGUGUCACCAAACUGCCCGGAGUUUCCAAUUGCCUUCUUUGGAGUGGCGUCCGUUGGGGCAGUCAACACCACCAUCAACAGCACCUACACUGCAGAGGAAAUAGCGAGCCAGUUGAUUAACUCCACUGCUUCAGCUGUUGUAACACAUCUGUAUUUACUACCCAGAGUAAAAGAAGCCUGUAAAGUAUGUAAAGAUAUACGUCACAUAAUUGUAAUUGGACCAGCAGAGGAAGGACAGUUAUCAUUACAAGAUCUUUUGAAGGAUGAUGGCACAGCAUUUCCACACAAUGUCCAGAUAAACCCACAAGAAGAUAUGGUAACCUUGCCGUAUUCCUCCGGCACAACGGGACUGCCAAAAGGUGUAAUGCUUACUCAUUACAACCUUGUUGCUAAUCUCCGACAAAUUGUACAUGAUGGAUUUAACACUCUAAGAUAUAACACUGGUGACUCUCAGGAGGUGUUCAUGGGCAUUCUACCAUACUUUCAUAUAUAUGGAAUGGUUCCUUGUAUGGGACUUUCGCUUAUUACUGGAUCCAAAACAGUAACACUGCCAAAUUUUGACCCAAAAUUAUUUAUUGAUGUUUUGGAAAAAUUCAAGAUCACAUAUCUUCAGACAGUACCUCCAAUUGUUAGCUUCUUGACUCACAACCCCCUGGUCAAACGUGACCAUCUGGACCCAGUUCACACCUUGACCUGUGGGGCUGCACCAGCUGGCCCAGCGCUUAUUAAUGACUUCUUUAAGAAAUUUGGUAACAGAAUUUGUUUCCAAGAAGGCUAUGGAAUGACUGAAACUUCUCCAGUGACACAUGCAACACCCAAAAUCAAUGGCGUACUUGGCUCUGCUGGAGUAGUUAUUCCCAAUACCAUGGCUAAGAUUAUUGAUCUUAAUACUGGCAAAAUCCUUGGACCUGAGAUGGGAGAAGGCGAACUUUGUAUAAAAGGACCACAAGUUAUGAAAGGAUACUUCAAAAAUGAAGAAGCAACAAGAAAUACAAUUGACAAAGAUGGUUGGCUCCAUACAGGCGACAUUGCCAGAAUUGAUGAGAAUCACAAUGUCUUCAUUGUGGACCGACUAAAAGAGCUCAUCAAAGUAAAAGGUUUACAGGUUGCUCCAGCGGAGUUGGAAGAUCUAAUAAGGAAGCAUCCAAGUGUAGCAGAUGUAGCAGUGAUUGGUCUUCCUCAUGAAAGGUCAGGAGAGGUACCAAGAGCCUACGUGGUAUUAGUGCCUGGCUCAAAUAUAUCUGAAGAAUCCAUUGCUGAGUAUGUUGCUAGGGAGGUUGCUCCUCACAAACAGCUCUCAGGAGGUGUAAAGUUUAUUGACAUCUUGCCAAAAUCUGCAACGGGAAAGACUUUGAGACGUGAACUGAGGGAAAUUGCUCUUGCACAAUAAUAAUUAAUUUUUUUUAUAAUAUAUUUUUAGUGUUUGAGUUUGUGUAUCUGUAGUUCACUGUCUUCCAAUGCACUGUUUAUUAUUUUGUCACUAAUAUAGUAAAAGAUCACUAAUUUUUGUUCAGUUUUUAUGAGUUUUAAGAUUACACCUUUUUAUAUAGUAAUGGAAGUACAGUACUGUACAUAUACAAAUUAUGUAUCUACAAAUAGUAUUCCUUACAGCUAUUAUUCAGUUACUUUCAAUUUUUUUUUAAAGAUUAGGCAUAUAUAGAUAUUUUACAGUGUACCAUACAGCUAUUAUUACAGAGUAGCCUUCAAAUAACAAUGCAAUUAGUUUAUUUAAGUAUAUAGGUGUACUGUAAUUACAAAAUGUUAUUCUUUUGUUUAUAGCAUUACAGGAUCUUUUACACCUGAUGACAGGGUCAUCCAUAAAUAUUCUCAUGUGUCAAAUGCUUCGUAUUUUGUCUUUUUCCAUAUAUUUCUGUUCGCUUAUUCUGGAAAUCUAGUUGGACUAGAAAUUAAAUAUUUUAUUUUAGCAUCUACACAUACAGUGGAACCUUGGUUCUCGAAUGACCCUCUUGUAGAAUUUUUCUGUUCUUGAGCUCAAUUUCUUCAACAAAUUUGACUCGGUAUUUGAGGUUUGCCUCGGUGAUUGAUGAUACAUUUAUGGGCUGACCGAGAACGUGGCGUGCUUCAGUUUUCCGCCUUGUGACAACUUCACUUGAAUUCGUUGUGAAGAAUUUCAUUGUUUUUGUGUUUUU